AUGGCCACGUGGAGAUCAAACAUGUACAACGGAGAUCCCUUGUACCCUUCCUCAGAGAUGUCUCCGGAUUCUCUCGUGAUGGAGUGGAACAAUGGCUUUCGUGGUGGUGAAGAGGUCCAACAAUAUCAUCAUCACCAUCAUCAUCGCGGGGCAGAAUACGAGCAUCCCACUCCAUUACACCACCAGCAAAUCCCGACGUCUCUCCACCAUCAUCAAGAACAAGCACAGCAGUUGUCACAUGCGAUCGAACUGCACAGCACAGCAGCAGGAGGUUUGGACUGGAACUCAUCGCCACAACAUGGCCUGCCCAGCCUUCCGCCAACACCAAUAUCGCCAUACAGUCCAUUGCGGCCCUUGCACGAGGACGACAACAUUGCGGAUGCUCGAUUUGCGGGACAGCCCCGUGGCGACUGGGAUCAGGACAGCUUCCCGGUUCACAGCGCACAGCAUCCGUGCACGCCGGACAUCAGCCAGGUGGAUGGACCCUCGAACCGUCGCCAGAGCGCUCCCACAUCCUCCGACGUCAACCCUUCAUUCCUGGCCAUCACAAAGUGCAACAAGACCGAUCCAGAGGACACGUACGACGCCGAUUCGGCCUCAUCUUACGUCGGUCGUCAAUCCCGUCGAUCACCCACUGCGGGCUGCGGCCGUCGGUCAUCGGUGCAGCACUCCCACAUGGCCGCGGGCAGAGACUCGCAUCACCAGGGCCGACGCUCUUCUGUGCAGUCGAUCUCCCAAUCCCGGACACGGGUCCCACACAAUCUCGUGGAAAGGAGGUACCGAGACAACCUCAACAAUCAAAUUGAGUACCUGCGACUUACUCUCCCUUCCCUCCGAAACGCUCAACCAACCCCAGUCGAGACCGAAGACGCCAUGGCCAUGGGUCCACGCAUGCCGUCCAAGGCUGUCAUCAUCUCCACUGCAGCGACAUAUAUCAAGGACCUGGAGACGGAGCGAGAGCGCUUGUUGGACGCUACCAAGGCUUUGCAGGAGCAGGUCUCGAGCCUUCAGAAACUAGUCCGGUGUGAAGACUGCUCCAUGAUGGGAUAUCUGAACAAGAUGCAGGUUGCGAACUGA